UCGGGCGGAAGUGUAGGGCCUCCUUCUGCCGCUUGGACCGCCUAAUGCUGAACUACGACCAGUGCUAUUGAGUGUGGGCGUGUGCGAGACGGUGUGGCGGUUGCCUCUACCUGUAGAGCUUACACACAGUGAGGCCAGUGGAGCUGAGUCAGGUGCUAUAGUUUAGGUAGCCGGUCCCAAAAGGGCAGCAUUGUGAUUGUGCAAGCAUUUGAUAGGCGUGUGCGCUUGCCGAAGAACGUAGCGAAGAAUAUAGAAAGGCGGAAAGCUCAGUACACAUCGUUCGGAACUGGAGGUGCAGUGUGUGCCGGCGUGUGCUGCCAGGCGCGGGAUCAUUCAGUUAGCGGGAAGUCGAGCGGUUGCAGUUCGUCGGUCCUAUAUAGUCGACUCUCGGACGGAGAUAUGACGUCCUGGGUACCGUCACACGUAGAGAUAACGAUUCACCAGGCCAGAGACCUACUGCUCAAGACCAAAAACAGCAGUAGUUUGGUGUAUGUGAGUGUGACUGCUGACAGGGAGAAGUGCCAGAGUCAACACCUGCCUCCGUCCACUGCCCCACUAUGGCAGUUCACCUCUAGGAUUCCUCUUAUGAGCCUGGGCACAACCCUCCUCUUCUGUGUAAGACAGAAAACCUCUCUCAAGGACAAGUUCCUCGGUCUGGUCUCCAUUCCCCUCGGCACCUUCACAAUCUCCUCUAAACCUGUCACCCACUGGUACAAACUCGGUGCAAAAGCCGGUAAAACCAGUUCUAAACUCCGCGGCGAACUACUCCUGUCGAUCAAGUUUCUCUCCAACUGGGUGGCAGAGGAGACCGAAGUGGUCGAUUUCUCGUUUGGCCCACCGCCGGAAAGCUGUGAGACAGAGAACAAGAAGAAACCAAAGUUGAGGGGUGCAAAAUCCGUCAAAUUCUCGUCGUCACCAUUUGGUAUCCGUCGCAAGAGCAUGCUGAAGAGGACGAAAUCGGAGGCGAAGCCACGCAGCAGCAGUGACGCUGGGGCGGAGUCGACCACCGGAGGAAGAGAGGCGGAGGGUAAAAGGGAGAGUAAAAGGGAGAGGGCGGGCAAGAAAGACAAGUCGAUAUUUCGGUUGUCGAUCAAAAAGAAGACGCGAUCGCCGGUUCUGGAAGAGUGCAGCGACGAGUUUAUGUCACUGAGUCUGCCCGUUAAGACAGAGUCUCCGUUGGCAGACCUCUCUCCUCCCUUCCAUCUCAAGUCCCUCCUACAGGAGGGCGAAGGUGACGUGUUUGGAGGGAAAACUACCGAGUACCUCUCUCGCUCGCUGGAUCGAAGCAAACGCCUGCCAAACGGACACGGAGUGGGGGUGGUGGGUGGAGGGGGAGAGAGGGGGAGGGAGGAGGAGGAUAGGGAGAACCAUCCACCGGGGGAGAAAAUGAGCCCGGCACUGCGCUACCACAACUUCAGGAGGAAGAAGAGGCCGUGGAGUAUGCACAGCAUCCCCCCGACUACUCCCCAGUCUGACUCGUCAGAGGAGACUUUACCGUCCACACCUCUCUCACAACCACCACUCCCUGGAGGAGGAUCGGAGGAGAGCCAGUCGGGGGAGGUCGUGACCUUCAGAGCCAAGAGCGCGUUAGUGAGGGGCGUGGCCAAUGGAGGACGCAGGCCCGUGAGGUCAAACUCAACGGUCACUGACAGCAACCUGGAGUCGUUGAACUUGACCUCACCCACCAGGUCUCCGGUCCCAGCCAGGGGUGGGAAGGGUCUCGGGGACGAGGUAUCCGACCGCAGCAGUGGGCUGGGGAAUGUCACACACUCUUCAACCCUCCCUGCCAGCAUCCGACAAAGAUCGCAGUCUGUGGGCGGGGCCUCUGGGACUCCGCCCACUCCUCGCAGGGGAUCGAGAUUGACAAAGGGAGGGAGCGGAGAUUCAAACAAUGGUAGCUCCUCCUCCGCACCUUCCCAGCGGGUAAAGAUGAAAUCGAUGGGACUCGGACCACGUGUACCCCUAGCGACCUCGCUGGGGGAUUCUUCCCACGGGAGACUGGGAGGGCGUGGCAGCCCCACCCACCUGGUGAGCGAGGACCUCUCUCCGAAGUCGUCCCCUCUUGCCCCUCGAACCAGCGGCGGCAGGGGUAACCCUGCAAUCAUCCAUCCCAGAAACCCCAGCCCCAUCCACCUUCAGUCCACCCUGAUAGAGGAAGAGGAGGAGGAGGAGGAGGAGGGAGGGCUAAAGUCACCCACGAGACAGCAGCAGAGAAGACAGCAUGUGGAGAGCACGGUCAAGAGCCGAGUUCCGAUCGAGACUGAGAGUUCGGCGUUCCAGGUUGACGCCAGCGAACUGGAGGUGGUGCUAGAGGCAACGACGCCACGCUGCAAGAGUACUAUCGUGGCGCUCCCUCAGUCGCCCGUCAAACAGAGUCCCAGCAGUGUACCGGGGUCUCCCAUGGAUAGCCCCGUCGGGAAGAGGAAAUUACCAAUCACGCCAGGGUCCACCCCAGAGUCGAACAGUGGCCAAAAACUCGUUACCUCACAGUCCUCAGAAGCUACCAAACAGUCUUUCUCCAGCGACUUUGCAAACACGUGCCCACUCCACCAGUCCCAUUGCUGUAACGAACGGGGGCGGCGGAGGAGGAGGAGGAGGAGGAGGAGGAGGGGAGGAGGGUCUGAGUGGGCGAUCGUCUUCAGCCAUGGCUCUACUUACCCGGGGUCACCCAUCUCCUCGUCGGGGCAGGAGAGGGGGGAUGGCGUAGCGGGAGGAGCGGGAGGGGGAGGGGUGAGGAGGGGAGGGGGCCUGCAGGCAGUGGUGACUCGCUACCAGGAGAACAGACGGAGGAGCAGUAAAGGUUCUCCGUCGCGGAGGACCAGCGGGGACUUUGGCAACGUCAGAUUCACAUCUGCCGAGUUUGGGGGGCCUUCUUCUUCCAGUGCAGGGAGCAGUCCUGUCCUGACACAGAGGAAGGCCUCUACUCACGUCGGCCACGCCCCCAGGGGGUCCGAGACUGGCAGCUGGAGAAACCCGUUCAUCAAUCUGCGUCGGACCCAGUCACACAAGACUCCGCCCACCAAACGAGAUCCCCGGCAGCAGCUUGAGAUCGUCAACUCAUCCAGAUUACAGGGGCCUGCCCAUAGCUCUGUCGAGUCCCUCGGUGUCUCUUCAACGUCCAGCAGUCCAGGGCAUGACGCUUCAGCUCCGAGGCGACAGCAGGGUAUUCUGCAUCACUUGCAACUAGAGGGAGGAAGUACCACGGCGUCCAGGAAUACCAACUCCAACAAUGAGCAGUGCGGGUCGCAUAUAUCUGCCACGCCCACCUCCCUCCCCUCGGACACCGACUCUGUCCGUACGUUUGGUUCAGAGCGGACCCUGGUGGACGGGAGUGGAAGUGGGACGGACGUCCCUGACGGUGGCGGUGCUGGUGCUAGUGGUCGAACCGGACACCAGAACCUGUUUCUGAGUCUGCCAGUGGGGAGCCGGCACAAGCAGACGUGUAGCUCAGUGGACAGCGAGGGGCUGGGUUCCCUGGCUAGCGAGGAGAUGGAGGAGGCGGGGCCGUCUGACUGGGCCCAGUGGUCCAAAGAGGAGCUGGUGAGAGAGCUGCUCCAGACAAAGAACAGACUCCGCAGCACGGAAGAGGAACUGAAAGCAGUUCGUGGAUACCUCGAUAACCUUCUCCUCCGUAUCAUGGAGGCCAGUCCCGGGAUCCUCAGUGUGGGAACUCCCUAGCAAUUAUCGUACUAACGGACGCACCCAAUCUUUCUCUCAAUCAAUAUUUAUGAAUCAUCUCUGCUUCUUUCAUGUGAUUGUUGUUUCGUGCAACCGUGUGAUGACUGUGUUGCAUAAUAUAUGUGUGUGCGUGUGUGUGGUGUGUGUGUGAAUUACUGUACCAUUGUAAUUUGAGCCUCCUAUUACAAUACAGUAGGUAUAGGUCAAGAUUAUGACUUGUUUAAAAGCCACAGUGUGAGCCAAGGCUUAGGCAAUGUGUUAAAACUCUCCUUCCACAUAUGUAAUACAGAGCAAAGUUGAGAAAUUCCAGUCCAAAGAAGGUCACAGCACGUUUCAUCAUGGUGCUCUGUGCCACAGGUAUCCAGAACUGUAGGUAGAACAUGGUGCCACUGGUGACUAGCCACAGUAGAGCCUCGCUGGCUAUCCUCCAGGACCUCACGACUGGAGUGUUCUUGGGAGGACCAUCGAUACCAGCUGACUGGGUACCAACUACAUAGGCCAGGUGGCAGUAGAGGGAGAAUGGGGUGGAGAAGAACAGCAGUGUCCAUAGCCCGUACCGUGUCC